AUGACCACCGACAAGGCUAGUGGCAGCGGCCACUGGCUUUCGCCCAUAGAUCGUUCGUUUAACCGUUUUGAUGCCAACGCCCAGGCUGCGAGCUUCAUUUUGAAGUUCGAUAACGAAGCCGAUGAUAACCGCAGUCUCCCGCUACCGAAUGGAUCCUUCAACGAUCUCAGCCAAACAUUCUGCCCUACUUCAUCUAGUCUCUCGCAUUCGGUUUCCCAGGGCUUUUGGUUGACAUGGCUUCCAAGAGGAAAGAUCCCCCUAAUAGUUCAGACGGAGGUCCCAGGAAGAAACAGGAGCAAUCCACUUCUGAGAGAUGGAGAGGUGGAAGUGGACACUGAAGCCCUGGAGGAAGAUGUCACAGCAGAUGAGAAGUUGAAUUCCCACUGUGAAAUGACUUACGUGGAGAUGUCAAGAAGGCUGAAGUCGUUGAAGCAUGAUGAUAAAAAAUUCAGGGAGGUGUUUGUCCUCUUUGUGAUGACAGCUUUGCUUGCCCCUAAUGACAACGAUAAACCAAAGAGAACAUGGCUGAGAGUCAUUGAGGACAUCAGUCUCAUCCCACGGAUGAACUGGGCCAAAUUUGCAUUUGACAGGAUCAUAUGCAGUGUGAUGGGGGUGAAGGAAGGGAAGUCUAAAGCCUUUAAGGGAUUGGCAACUGUCUUGUCGUUACUUGUUUGCGAGUACUCAACUUGGAUUGAAGGCGUGGAGUUCAGAACAAAGGACCUGCCCCUAAUUUCUCGAUGGGAUGACCAAAUGAUGCUGAAGAUGCACAAGAUAAUAGUGGAUAAGUUUGGUGGCUACCACACAGAUAAUCUAAUGGCAAAACUAAAGAGUGAGAUGUUAAAAGUACCAGUCAUUGAAGUUGUAUCUGCACGUGAUGAUAGUUGGAUGUUGAAGAUGGAGGCAUGCAUAAAUCAACAGGAAGCUGCCAUUGAAGCCCUGCGUGCAGAAAACAAGCGAAUACUUGAUGCUCUCGACAGCAUUAAGAAGGAGCUCCAUACUGUUGGAGAAAAAGUGGGAAGUGUGUGAGGACAAUUGUCCCACACUGGUCAAAGAAAGAAAAAUUGGGCAGUUAAUAUAAGAUAAAUGCCCAAUUACCUUAAAGUUAAGGUUUUGGGUUGCAUAUGGGCUCAAAUUUGAAAUAUGCCAUUUUAUUUAAAAAUUUAUCCAACUGGUAUCAGAGCCUAUUGUUACAA